UUCUAAGGACGAAUUAAAAAAAAAUUACAGCAAAUGUCAAAAAGUGUAUUCGAUGUUAUAUUGUGAAUAUUGUGGGAGCCACAAAUUAAAAAUUGAAUUAAAUUCACUGUGAAUAUUGUGAUGUAUCUUAUAAUUAUCGAAUUGUUUUCAUGACGAUUGAUCGCUUUUCUAAACGAUAUCGGAAGGAGCUAUAUUAAAUAUAUAAAUUAUAAACUUUGUAAAGAUAGAGGACAGUGACAAAUAGUAAUUAAUCAAAAUAUCUUCAUAAAAUGGGUGGAAAAGCUGAGAAAGGUACUCCAAAAUACAUAGCGAACAAAAUAAAAGCUAAGGGAUUACAGAAGUUGCGCUGGUACUGCCAGAUGUGUCAGAAACAAUGUCGUGACGAGAACGGUUUUAAAUGCCAUACCAUGUCAGAGUCACACCAGAGGCAACUGCUGCUCUUUGCUGACAACGCUUCUAAAUACAUAGAUGAGUUCUCGAAAGAGUUUGCGGACGGGUACUUGGAGCUGUUGCACCGACAGUUCGGAACGAAGAGAGUGAAUGCUAACAAGGUGUAUCAAGAUUAUAUUGCUAACAGAGACCAUCUUCACAUGAAUGCAACACAAUGGGAAACACUAACAGACUUUGUGAAAUGGUUAGGAAAAGAAAGCAAAUGUGUUGUUGAUGAAACGGAAAAGGGCUGGUUUGUGACAUACAUAGACAGAGAUCCCGCAGCUAUCGCUGCACAGGAGGCCAAGACAAAGAAGGAGAAAAUGGAUAAGGAUGAUCAGGAAAGAAUGCUUGAGUUUAUACAAAAACAAGUGGAAAGAGGAAAAAAGGAGGGCACCAGGUCUGAGGAGCCGACAUACACUGAGUUCAAGAGGGAGAGCAGCCAGGAGAAGGUCACACUGAGUCUUAACAUGAAGAGAAAAACUGAUGAUAAAAAACCAGAUUUAAAAGAUUCUGCUUUAAAAUCAAUAAAAAGUAAAGAAGAAAUUGCUUCUAAAAAGCAGAAAACAGAAGAGGUAAAAAGUAAAAAAACAGCACUUGAGGAAAUAAUCAAAAUGGAGGAGAGAGCAAAGGAGAAAGCCAACAGGAAAGACCACUGGCUCACAGAAGGCAUAAUAGUAAAAAUAGUAACAAAAUCAUUGGGAGAUAAGUUUUACAAACGAAAAGGCGUUAUUGAGAAAGUGAUUGAAAAGUAUGCGGCGCAGGUCAGACUAGUCGACGAAAAUGUUAAGCUUAAGUUGGACCAAAAUCACAUGGAGACGGUGAUACCAUCGCCGGGCCGCCUCGUGCGGUUUGUGAACGGCGCGUACCGCGGCAACACGGGCGUGCUGAAAGACAUCCACACCGAUGACUUCUGCUGUGAUGUUGAGAUAUCCGAAGGUGUACUACGGGGCAGGCUAGUGAUGGGAGUCCAGUACGAAGAUAUCAGCAAACUAGCUUCAUGACAUCUUAUGAAUGUUGAGUGGUAAACAAUAUUUAAAUAAUUAUAUUGUGUCUACAAGUUCAGAACGAAAAUACGAAGAAUCAUAGUUUGAAUGAGUAGUAUAAUCUGGUUCACUUCUAAAUAAAACUGAAGACAUGGUCCAUUUGCACUUGUUUGCAAUGAACUGUGAGUCCUGACAUCAUCCAGACCAAGCGAUUUAGUUAAAAUGGAUUUUUCUCAUGAGACACAAAUUAUUUAAUUUUAAAUGCGCAUUGUACAAAUUAUUAUUAUAAUACAAUUUUUUAUUAUACUA